AUGUGGCAAAUUUGUCAAUUUUGCUUGAACCAAGACGAAGAGACGCUCGCUCCUAUAACAAACAUUCUGGAUUCUUAUUUAACUCUCGAAAAUGUGGAACGAACCACGGGUGUUUCUAUACAAUUGGACGGCCGACUCGUGUACGCCGUAUGCCCAGACUGCACAAACAAAUUGCAAAAAUCAGUUCUUUUCCGUUUGUCUUGUAUUAGGAAUGAUGCCUAUUUGCGAGAACACUUCCCACUGGACAAACCUGCACCAGCCUCAAGCUAUAUGAAUGCAAGCGAUGGGCAAGAUCUCAUAGAAAUGAACCAUGAUUAUACAGCGUUCGAAAUCAACGAACCAUUAACCUCGGAAAACGACUCUGAUAGUCAAGCAACAUUAAAACUAACGAACGCAGUCGAACAAGUGGCCGUAAAGGAAGCUUUCAACCCAGUUAAUAUCAUCGAAGAAACGAAGGAAGGGGUUAACUCCGUUGAUAUUACAGUACGAGACUGUGAUAUUCAACCAACCAUGCCUGAACUAGCGAAUGUAGAAGAACAGUUUUACUCUGCUAACUACAUUGAACCAGGUGAAGUGACAUGUUCCGAUAUCGAAGAGCACGAACCUGACCAUGAAAUUGACAAUACAUCACACGGCUCAGCUAUUGGGACCGACCGGCGUUCAAGCAAGAAAAUUGGCGUCUAUAGAAAUGGGAUUAAUUUAUUCAAUAUUCCGUGUGGGAAAAGAAAGGUGCUAUGUGACAUUUGUGGUAAAUUUGUGCUUAACAUCGCACACCAUAUAGUUACUCACACGCAGGAGGCCAACUAUGCAUGCCCACAUUGUCCCAUAAGAAUGACGCAUGACGCAAAUCUGAAGCGCCACAUUCAAGCCGUACACUUGAAGUUGAUAACAAAAUCGUGCGAAUUAUGCGGCAAAGGAUUAACCAGCAAAAGUAGCCUAUUAUCACAUAUGCGUUCUCAGCAUGGCGUUGGAAAAUUAUAUGAAUGUAAAAUUUGCUCAAAAACCUAUGGUCAUCCGAGCGGUUUGAGGGAUCAUUUUAAACGCACGCAUGGUUCGCAGUCCCAUUCGUGUGCGAUAUGUGGUCGAUGUUUUACCACACGACCAUCGCUACAAAUCCAUCAGGCGGUACAUUCGUCAGAUAAACCUUUUGCCUGCAGCGAGUGUCCAAAAAGCUUCAAAAGUCGCACUGCGAGAAAAACACAUUACGUGGCGACUCAUAGUGGGACGCUUUUCAGAUGCACCAUUUGCGACAAAUCGUAUCGUUACAAAUCGCUUUUCAACAUGCACCUCCGUAAAAUGCAUACGAGCAGCGAUGAUGGUAAAGAAUAA